AGCCCCAAAACAUCAUCACGAGGUUGAUUGUCAUCGCCAUUUUUCACGAUUGAUCAGGGUUCUUUUAUCGGCGCAUUGGAUUUUCUUGUUGCUUUUCAUUCUUUGGCCACCAUACAUUUCUCUCCAGCAACAAUCUCCGUUAUCACGCCCGUAGUAUCAUGCCAAUUCACCAACGUUACUCAUCAACUCUUUCGUAGCCUUCCCAAUGUCAACCGACAAGAUGCCGCUUUUGCUUGACUCCGGCAUUGGUGGAGGCCUUCCAAUCGUUGAUGAUUUGUUUGGAGACGUCAAUACUUUGGGUCUCCCUUCGGGUGGCUCGGGGAAGCAGCUACAACAACGCAUUCAAGCACUGAAAACGAGGGGAUGCCAGCAGACAAUAGCUUGGUCAAAAUCCGGUGCCAUUGCAUCCAUUACGCCCGAUGGCGAACAGCUGGAGCUGCGCUUCCUCCGAGCGCAUCCCGAGACUGGCGUUUGGGGUCUCAGCGAGCCUACCACCUGUGGUGUUGUGAAGGGAACACCCACUAUUCCGCUGGUUCAUUUAGAAUGGGGCCUUGCCGUCAUAUCAGAGCUUGCCGUGUUUGAUGCUGUUGGUAGGGUCACUAUCGUCAGCUUCCCUACGACUCUCAACCACGGUGUCGCAACUCGCAAGUGGGACAAUGACCCAAUAGAGGAUCUCAACGCUGUCGUUGGCUGCCAUUGGUUGAGUGUCGCCCCCGGAAAUCAGCAGAAACCGUACAAUGUUCUUUAUGGCCCUGGCAAGCAGCAAGGCAACACAUUUCAGUACGAAAAUACAUUUGUCCCUUCUGGAGGUCCCCACCAUCCCCAUGCUGGCAAGAGUGCCUUAUUCAGUGUUACCAUGGGUGGUACGCUGAAAAUGUUUUGGACACAGAAUAACAGCCGCAUCGAGGAGUCGAGCUUGGAGCUGGAGAGCGUCAGUUCGUCAGACGGUCUCCUCACGCAUGCUGCCAUGGCAUCGGAUAAGAAGUAUCUGAAUGUUGCCAUGCUUACGGCAUCAAAGAAACUGCGCUUUGCCAAAUUGGAGAUUCAAUGGGCCGGUCCUGGUGCAGUACAGGAAAAGUCACAGCUCACAGCAGCGUCUCGAUUAAACCCAUCACUGGUUGAAAGUCAUCUUGCCUCAGUGGACAUUAAGGAAGCUUUCAUUGGUAUCGAUGGUAUUGCAACAGACCUAACACAGCUCCACACGCUGCCGUCAGUCAUUGACCAAAGCGGUACAAAUACGUCGCCGCCUCUGAUUCUCGCCAUCCGUGCCGAGAGCGGCGGUGCAGGAUUUACGAUUGCACAAACUAUUAUCGAUAGAUGGGAGGCUAUUGAAGAGCGCCAAAGUUUGAAUUCUACUUUUGAACAACUUGGUACGCGCAGAAAUAGCAUCUCUGGAGACUUCCAGUUGCCGACAGUAACAAGACUGAAGAAGCUCGAGCCAGUUAUCAUUGACAAGGUGGUCGUGGCUUUGCAUUCUAUUCGCUUUGGCAAAGUCCUUGUUCUGGCCAUGGCUGAUGGUAGCGUUGAAUAUCGAGAUCGUACCUCGUUUGAGCAAAUAUAUACAACGAUGGACACGGACACUGUCACCGACCUUCGCCAAGUCGGCUGGACAUUUACAGACGAAGGAUCCUGCCAUCAGGUUGCGUUCUCACCGACCUGCAGCUCCAAGAUUCAGCUAGGAGAAGACCUCCGACUUCGAUGGAGUAAGCUGCAUUAUCCGCUAGAUGGCAUGGGAGAUUCCAUGCAAGACAAUGCAUAUUCUCAUUCCAUUGCUGCUGCAACGAUUGCUACGGCAUCAGCAGUAUGGUACAUGGCCAACUUUGACGAUCUUGUCGCUGUGAUGCACCCUCUUGCAGAAAAGCAGAAAUUCAUCCAAGAUUGGGUCGGUGAGCUGAUUCGAAUCCUCAAGAUCCAGGUAGACUAUGUCGAGGAGCUGCACCACGAUUCUCUGAUGAGGAAUUCGCAGCUACAAUCAUGCUUGAGUAUCAUGAAUAACCUCGGUUUUAAGGGCGAGUUUGCCCCUCGAUCAUUCCAAAGCAAGUUUGCAAGCGUCAAGUUGAACAUCCGCAAUGUUGUCAUCCUCAUCUCCCUGGCGAACAAUACACCAGUGUCGAUGAAGGAGAAGAUGAACCCUCUUGAUGAACCAGAAGUUGUUCUUGCGCUGGCAGGCUGUGCAAAAUGGUCACUCGACCUGCUAUCAUGGAUUACAGAGAGUCUAUUUGAACUCAUGACAAACAAGAACUUUACAGACCUGCUUACUCCCCAGCGGUUCCAAGAAGUAACACCAUUCUUAUACGAGAGAAACGAAAUAUCUCUUCAUCUUGUGCUUUCAUCAUGCAGCCGCAGCUUUCUAACAGCCAUCUGCCGUCGCAUUGCUCACCUGGAAGACAUCAGCUCGAGAGCGAUUAACUUUUGGAGACAGUCUGCUCAAAAGGAGCCAGGCGCUGCUCAGCGGCCACAAAGCGUCCAGCUUCAGCAGGCUUAUCAGAAGAUGCAAAAGGUGACUUCUUCUGGGCUUAUCAAGGUUGGCGAAUUUGAAAAGCUGCUCACUGUUCUGGGCGCUGAUAUUCGGGGCAUGUAUCACACCAUGCUGCCCAAUGUUGUCAAGAACUCGCCCAACCCUCCGCAAGGCAAGGCCAUGGAGUUUGCCAUGAAGGCGGCGCAGAUUCAACUUGAGCUACACAUGCUACUAGCCAAAGCACCGGCGCCAACAUUUGUCGGUGUUGUCCGCAAGUUCUUUGCAAAGGAGCUGCCUGCGUUCAGAGCCCAGACUGAUCCUGCUAGCCUAUUCUUCUACAACUUUAGCCUUCUAAGCGAGGAGGACGAUCCAAAGAGUCUGGCUACAAGAAAGGAGAGGCACGUAUGGGUUGACCUGUUCAACAAGACGGAGCUGCGAUUGGGCACAAAUCAGGUGCUCUGGCGCCGCUGCGUACGAUGCUCCGCCGUCAUGGAAGACGCAGCUGCUGAGCGACCCGGCUACCGAUUUGUGCUUAGCCUACAACGCAAGUGCUCAUGUGGAGGAACAUGGGCACUUCUAGCCCAUGACAAGUUGAUACCUUGAACGAGGGGCUGAAUGUUUGAUUAGAGCGGCGAAAACAAAAAACGAUACAAUGGGAGGUGGCUCAAAGCCGUGGCGUUGUGAUUUCCAAGAGUUAGCGGUGUGCGCAUCCUUUGCAGUGUAUAUCGACAUCCCCGUAAAUGAAAUAUGAAAUAUUUACACACAUAAGACAUUUGAGCAUAGAGGGGAACUCCUCCACAGGAUCAAGGGCGGUGGGUUGGCAAUCGCGGGGAAGGGAGACGACGUCAUUUAGAGGGAGAUCCUUGACCACCACCCAUCCAAAGGGCGCUCCCUGUGAAAUAGGGAGCCAAAAAUUGUGUAAAAGGUGACGCAGGUUGCACGGUGACACGAGGCGAGUCAUAGGUUUAAUUGAAAAUGCAACAUUUCAUUAAAAAUUAGAAGAUGAGAAUGGGC